AGUAUGCACGCGGCACCUUUGCAAUGGGGCGCUGAUGGUGCCACGGAAGCGAGGCACAGAGCCACGUUCCCACGACGAGGUCCUCAAGCUCGCCAGGGACUUCAUCGAUGAAUAUUACCAGUCUAUCAAGAGAUUCAACAGCGAGCAACACCGACAGCGAUGGGAGCAAAUAACACGUGAGAUAGAAGACAGAGGGACCUAUGACCUCACACAGACAGAGCUGGUCUACGGCGCUAAACUCGGCUGGAGGAAUUCGCCGAGGUGCAUCGGCCGGAUCCAGUGGUCCAAACUGCAGGUCUUCGACGCGCGUUACGUCACGACGGCCAGUGUGUUCGAAGCCUUGUGUAACCACAUCAAGUAUGGCACGAACAAGGGCAAUCUCAGAUCCGCCAUCACCAUCUUCCCGCCCCGCACCGACGGCAAGCACGACUUCCGGGUGUGGAACAGUCAGCUGAUCAGUUACGCGGGAUACAAGCAGGAAGACGGAACCAUCGUCGGCGAUCCUAUUAACGUGGAGUUUACGGAGGUAUGCGUGAGGCUGGGAUGGAAGCCCAAAGGAGGGAGAUGGGACGUGCUUCCCCUCGUGUUGUCCGCUAAUGGCCACGACCCGGAGUGGUUCGACAUCCCGCAAGAUCUCAUCCUGACGAUACCCAUCAGCCACCCCGAAUACAAGUGGUUCAGCGACCUGGACUUGCAGUGGUACGCCCUCCCCGCCGUCGCAUCGCUCAUGUUUGACUGCGGGGGCCUGGAGUUCCCCGCCGCCCCCUUCAAUGGCUGGUACAUGGUGUCUGAGAUCGGGACCCGAGAUUUGUGCGACCCUCAUCGCUUCAACAUUCUCGAGACUGUCGGUCGUAACAUGGGCUUGGAUACACGAAGUCCUACUAAUCUGUGGAAGGACAAGGCUCUUGUAGAAGUCAACAUUGCAGUCCUGCACUCAUUCCAGAGCCUAAACGUGACCAUCGUGGACCACCACUCCGCGGCCGAGUCCUUCAUGAAGCACUUCGAGAACGAACAGCGUCUCCGGGGAGGCUGUCCUGCCGACUGGGUGUGGAUCGUGCCGCCUCUCUCGGGCUCCAUCACUCCCGUCUUCCACCAGGAGAUGUCGCUCUACUACCUCAAGCCCUCCUACGAGUAUCAGGACCCCGCCUGGAAGACCCACGUUUGGAAGAAGACCAAGGACGUGAAUCGAAACUCGGUUCGGAAGACCAAGCGCAAGUUUCGCUUCAAGGAGAUCGCUCGAGCUGUCAAGUUUACGAGCAAAUUAUUCGGCAAAGCUCUCUCCAAGAGGAUCAAGGCUACGAUCCUGUACGCCACAGAGACCGGGAAGUCGGAGAUGUACGCGAAGAAACUGGGAGAGAUCUUUGGCCACACAUUCAACGCUCAAGUAUGUUGCAUGGCAGACUAUGACCUGAUCAAUAUAGAGCACGAGGCUCUUGUGCUGGUUGUUACUUCCACUUUUGGAAAUGGAGAUCCUCCAGAAAACGGCGAGGAGUUCUCCAGAAAACUGUUCGUCAGGUACAAAUACAAACAGGAAUUUGCCAAAAACCUUUACGCCAUGAAAGUUAGCGGAACGGCAGCAGAUAUUGAUGACGUCACUAGCAGUACGUCGUAUUGGCAAGACUACUCCGCACACAAGAGCAUGCACCGCAGUUUGUCCUUCAUGAGGAUGAACAGCUUGACGGAAGGAGCUGGAGCGCCCUCAACCCCCCUGGAGAAUGGACUGGCAUCUUGCAAUCUACGAGGAUCCAUCACAUCAGAUAUCAUGUCAGAGGACAACUUUGGCCCUCUUAGCAAUGUAAGAUUUGCUGUUUUUGCCCUGGGCUCAAGUGCUUAUCCCAACUUCUGCGCCUUUGGGAAAUAUGUGGACAACCUCUUAUCUGAACUGGGUGGAGAGAGGCUGAUGAAGCUGACCUGCGGCGAUGAACUUGCUGGCCAAGAACAAGCCUUCAAGCAGUGGGCGGGAGAUGUGUUCACGGUUGGUUGUGAGACAUUCUGCCUGGAUGAUGAUGUUGCCAUGAAGGAGGCAACAGCUGCAUUGAAGAUUGAGGCCACAGCUUCUGCUAAUAAGAUUAAAUUGGCACCAUGUACCAAAACCGAUGCAUUAGAUAUUGGUUUGUCCCGUAUGCAUUGCAAGAGAGUUCGGUCUUGCCAUGUGCUGUCUUCCAGGAACCUGCAUGGAGAAAAUGCCUGCCGAUGGACACAACAGGUAAUCAUCGACACUGGAGGUAUCAAUGAACUGAACUACUCACCUGGAGAUCAUGUUGCCAUUCUGCCUGCCAACCGUAAAGAACUCAUCGAUGCUGUCCUAGCACGGCUGGAUAACUGUCCCAAUCCAGAUGAACCAAUUCAGGUUCAGGUCCAGAAGGAAGUUCACUCUCUCAAUGGUGUCAUUCAGACAUGGGAGCCUCACGAGCGACUUCCCUCCACCACAGUAAGGGAAUUGCUCACACGAUACUUAGAUAUCACAACACCACCAACACCAAACUUUUUGCAUCUCUUAGCAGAAUAUGCAUAUGACAAUGAUCAGCGAACACGCCUCGACCAGCUGGCAACUGACCCACAUGAAUAUGAAGAAUGGAAACAUCUAAGGUACCCACACCUGAAGGAGGUCUUGGAGGAGUUCCCCAGCGUAGUACUGGACGCAGGACUCCUUCUGACACACCUCCCUAUCAUGGGCCCAAGAUUUUACUCCAUCAGUUCAUCUCCAGACGCACAUCCCGGCCAGAUUCACAUCACUGUUGCUGUCGUCAUUUACAAUACUGAGAAUGGAAAGGGACCAAUACAUUAUGGCGUUUGCUCUAACUUUUUAAAGGGAAUCAAGGCUGGAGAUCACAUUGAGCUCUUUGUAAGGAGUGCCUCCAGUUUCCACAUGCCACGCGACCCAAGUGUCCCCAUUAUCCUUGUUGGACCUGGGACAGGAGUCGCGCCAUUUAGGGGCUUCUGGCACCAUCGUCUUUACAUGUUGAAGCACAAGAAAGAAAAUGCAGGAAAGAUGACUCUGUUCUUUGGAUGUCGUACACGAGCCCUUGAUUUGUAUGCUGAUGAAAAGGAAGCUAUGCGAAGGGCAGGAGUUCUCUCACAAACAUACUUGGCCCUCUCUCGUGAACCCACCAUCAAAAAGACAUAUGUCCAGGAUCUCCUUGUUGGUGUUGGUUCAGAGGUGUAUCGUCAAGUUGUAGAGCAGAAGGGACACUUUUAUGUAUGUGGUGACUGUACCAUGGCUGAGUGUGUGUACCAGAAACUGAAGUCUAUUGUCCAGGAGCAUGGUCGUCUCUCUGACCAGGAUGUGGAGAACUUCAUGCUGCAGAUGAGGGAUGAAAACAGAUAUCAUGAAGAUAUCUUCGGAAUCACACUACGUACAGAAGAAAUUCACCGACAGAAGAGAGAAAGUGCAAGAGUGAAGAUGUCCUCUAUCUCUCAGGCUGGACCCCCAACACCUCCAGUGACUCAGGCUGCUACUAACUUUGUGCAGGAGGUAGCUGCAGGUACCGAUGGAGGGUCCACAGCAGCGCCUGUUGAAUAGGGACAGUCUCGGGGGCAGAUCGGCUUUUCCAACACAUGUUUCUUUUCCACAUUUAAGAAAUAUUCAAGGUUAUUCAUUGAUAAUCUUGCAAACAACAUAAAGCCAACAUAAGUAUUAGUAAACUACAAACAGGAAAUGGCAAUUUUAUUGUUGAAUAAAAAUCAAGUGAAUAUAAAUUGAAAUAUAACAAUGCUAAUGGAUUGUUUUGAUAUAUUUGAAGGAAACUUCCUUUAGUAUGAUUAUUCCACGGAUAUUUUAUGAACUACCAUAGAACUUACAUAGUACAUAGUUGUUCAUCAGCAUCAUAGAUUUAGUUUACAUAUCUCAUCUAAUUCCAUAUUACUCUAGUUUCAUAACUGUCUACUUUUGCCAUAUAUGAGAGUAUUAUACCUAAGAAAAUACCUUUUGCAUACUUACAUUUCAAUUCAUCCAUUUAGUUUGAUUGGAAUAUUUGGUUACAAACCAGGUAAAAAGGCUUGUCAGCAGUAGAAGAGGAAGUGAAAUAUUUUGUAUGAGGCAUUUAUAAGGAGGCAAAGAUGUCUUGAAUGUAAAACACAAUUCUGCCAAUUUGCACAUGCAUUGAUCAUGAGUGUAGUAUAUAGAAACUAUUUUCCAUCUCAUUGUCCUUUUCACAUCAGUAAUGAAAAAUUGGGUAUCAUGUCUUUGCUUCUUUGACUUUCUGGAAUGCUAUAUGUUUCCAGAACAUUGCAAACUUGUGCUCACUUACAUACUUAACAUUCCACGCUGUCUACACGCUGAAGAUUUUCCUUCUUUUUUUUUUAUAGAGAAAAUCUUGUAAAACUCAUCUCAGUUCUUCGGCAAUCCAUUAGUACUCUACUUCAUCAAAAAAAUAAAAAUAAAAAUAAAAUGGUAAAGAAAGAUUUUUAAAAAAUACUUCUCCUGUUUGAUAGAAAUUACAUUCAUGAAAUUAGCCACAGCACAUAACCUUGGAUAGGCUGGUCUGCACUCGAGGAAACGUAUAGUCAGUUGAUAACUGAUCUCUUCAUGAUGCUAGUAAACAGAAAUUGUUUAUACUAUAGCAUGGAAAAAAAGAAAAUCUUUUAGAUUCUUGUUUUUAAUAGUUCUAAGUCUUUUGAAUGUUUGUAACUUUAAGAAUUAUUUGUGCCUUAAGAAUUUGAGUUAUGUUAACUUUUUAAGAUUAUGAACUUUACUUUGUUAAUAGGGUACCAAUGAAAGAUAUACACAAUACAGUUUGUUAGCCUUUAGAUAUUAUUUAUUUCUUUGUUAUACAUCUGGUUAAAAGAAAAAGAUUAUUGUGACUGAAAUUAAGAAUCAUAAUGCUACUUUUAGUAUAUUAUUUAUUAUUAAAUUAAAAUGUUUCAUCACUGAUUUGAAUUUUAAAAAUUAUAGUCCCUGGGAAUUUUUUUUUUUUAAUAAUAUGAUUAAAUAAUUGUAUCUGCAAGAGAGUAUAUUUUCUUUCUUAUACUAUACAUAAAUCUUUGUCUGUUUAUAAUAUAAGUCUCUGCCUGAAGAAUGAGCCAUUUAAUGAACUGAUUAGGGAUGUCAAUAAUGAAGCAUAUUGGUAUGUAUAUGUAUGUAUACUAUAUGUAUAUAUGCAUAACUGUGUGUGUGUGUGUGUGUGUGUGUGUGUGUGUGUGUGUGUGUGUGUGUGUGUGUGUGUGUGUGUGUGUGUGUGUGUGUGUGUGUGUGUGUGUAUGUGUGUGUGUGUGUGUUUAUGUGUGUGUGAGUGUGUGCGCGCGCGUGCAUGUUUGUGCUUACUUUUGCAAUUCUUGUUGUAUAUUCAAACUCAUAAGAAUGCAUAAUCUUUGUUUCAUCCAUAUUACUAAAAGGAUAUAUAGAUUAUUUUGUGAAAAUAUAGAACUAUAAUACAAUAAGAAGUCAGUGUAUUACAUUCUUUACUAUUUUUCAUUCUAUCUGUCUUAUUACAUACUAUAAAGAGUUUGGAAAUAUGUAGCAUUUUUGGGAAGACUUUAGUAUGCAUGAAAUUUUAGCCUAUAGUCUCUUAAAACUAAAGAAAAUUACAAAUUAUAAUACCAAUUUUCAUCUGAUCUUAGUGUACAGUAAUAUAUUUCUUAAGUCUAUCUUUUGGGCCUUAUAGAUAUUUAACUUAAAGGUCAACUUUUCUUGAAGCUGGUAGCCAGUAUCAUUCACAGAAUUUUUGCCAUCAAUGCUAGUGCAAAUGAAUAUUUUACAUUUAAAGGAAAUGAGCUCACAGCCCCAUGCACUAAAGUAUUAUAUUUAAUUUAAUGUUCCAGUAUUUCCUCUCUGCACAAAAGUAUUAUUAGUGGAUAGCUAUAAAUAGCUAGAUAUAUAAAUUCACACUAUUAAUUCAUUGAAAACAUUUAGUGCACGCUGAAUUUUUUUCUUCUAGUUCCACUUUUAUAUCUAAAUUUGUUGUGCAUAUUACUUCCUGAUCUUCCUUUUUCAACGAAAUAAUAUCAGGUGUUGAUCUGUGUCAAAUUUACCUGAUGGGUGACUUAUAUAUAUAAAAAAGUACUAUAUAUUAUACUGUCAGUGAAAUGCUUCGAUAAAAUACAUGUUGAAAAAUCACUGCAUUUCUACUACUGACUAUUGGCAUAACCCAUCAUUUUAUGGGAUUUCUGAUGUACAUUUUUUGUGGUGUAUCAGUGUUGCAUGACUCUUCAUUUUUCUAAGCUCCCAUAUAUGUUUGAGGAAGGAAAGCAUAUAAAAAAUUCAAAACAAUGAUAAUCAUUUGUUAAUGCAUAGAAUUCAUAGUAGACAUAUGAAAUAAAGGCUGUGUUUUAGAGUGAGAAAAGUCUGUUUGAUAUGACAUUAUAUGAGACAGACUUUAUGAAAGUUUUGCAUAUUUAAAUACAGUGUUGAAUAUAUCAGAUAACAGACCCUGAAAGCGAUGACUGUAAUUCGAGACAUAUAUGAGGUAUUAGAACCACCAGUAAAUUCACAAAUAUAAUAUUUGUAUGCCAAUUGGGAGCAAUGAUUACAAUCACUGCAAUACCAGUUCCCUCUCUUUUUUAAUUUGUGUGUUUUCUGCUCUUUAAUGAAUUCCUGUGUAAAAUGUUGCUAUAACUUCUAUUUCUUGUAAAUAAUGUGCUUCUUAUAUGCUUCAGCCUCUCUAAUAUUACAAAGAAUGUGGGUAUCAGAGUUUGAUACAACAGUUUUAAAGGAGAUAUAGGCAAAGUUUGUUUCUAUCUAGUCUUGAUAUGCCGAGACGUAAAAGCAAUCAUGGUGCCAAGUUGCAUUGUGGAGAGUCUAGACAUGCCAUGUUAUGCUUCUGUUAUCAUUUAAAGAAUUUAAGUGUUGGUGUUAAGACUGAAGACUUUUUUCUGGUCUUUCAACCUCAUAUUGUUUGGUUUGGAUCCAGUGCAUUUUGGAGAUAGCACUGAGCAGCAUUGCUGUAGACUUCAUAGAUCGGGCUGCGCCAUUGGGACCUGUCUAUAUGUAAUUUUAGCUUGAGGACAUGACUCCACUUUGACUUUUGAAAAAAAUGAAAAUAGUUUAUCAGUUUUGACUUUCCCAGAAUAUUGUGUAUUUUGUGAUACAACUUCUGUGAUCUAUAAUCAGCAUUUGUUGGAACAGAAGUUGUAAUUAUUGUACAAGAUUAUUUAUAUAUUACAUUUAUAGUUGUAUACUGUAAGGCAUGACGUCCGUAUAUGCUAAAUGCUAUGCAGUGAUUUUUUCCUCUGAUGUGCAUGUUUUAUGCAUAUUUAGUAUGUUAUUUAUGGUGAUUUUCAAAGAUAGCUGAUCUUUAUCAAUUUAUUUAGGGCAUAAUAAAAUAUAUUAGUCAA